AGUGAGGGAUAAUAGGAACGGGGAAAGUGGAGGAGUGAACUCUCAGGAGUAGGUGGUCGAUGUUUCAAGCACGGGAACCGCAGGAGAGCCUGUGGCAGUCGGAGUUUCUGAUCACGCCGAGGAAGGCGAAGCUGAUGCGGAGGAGCUGGGCGGAGGUGUUCCGGAACGAGGCUCUGGUGCUCAUAGAGGAGGAGCGGUUCGCUCCGAUGUACAGCCCGGACAUGGGCAGGCCCGAACCGUGCGGUGCAGACGGUGCUGGGAGUGCUGGUGCUCAAGGAGAUGUUCGAUCUGACGGACAUGGAGGCGUUGGAGGAGUUGGAGUUCAAUCUGCUGUGGCACCACGCGCUGCGGCUGGAGAUGGAGGAGGCGCACCUUGCCCAGAAGACGCUGCACAACUUCCGUGUGCGGUUGAUGGAGCACGACGGCGGGCGGUUGGCGUUUAGUGAGACGACGGACCGGAUGAUAGAGGCCCUGGGACUGCGGACAGGCAAGCAGCGCCUGGACUCGACGCACGUCAUGAGCAAUAUCGCGGUGUUGACGCGGUUGGGUCUGUUCUGCGAGACGGUCCGAGUGUUCCUGUUAGCGGUGAGCCGUGAGCACCCUGGUCUGGGUGAAGGGAUUGGGGAUGGUCUGGCACAGCGGUACCUCAAGGAGACCGGCGAAGCAUCCCGAUACGAGGACGCACGUUCAGGUGAGGGGCGUCGCCGGCUGUCGGUGUGUGCGCGAGACGUGUACCGGCUGGUGGAUAGGUUCCGUGGGACGGCGGUGGCAAAGAUGGAGGAGUACGGGCUGUUGGAGAGGCUAUUGGGGGAGCAGUGCCACGUGGGCCGGCACAGGGACGGUCGUCCCGGAGCCGAUGAGGACGAUGCGGAAGAGGGGAAGGUGCCGAUCGCGCUAAAGGAGCCGAAGGAGGUGCGAUCGUACUCGAUGCAGACGCCGCACGACCCGGAGGUAACCUACAGCGGACACAAGGGGAAGGGGUACGAGGUACAGGUGGCCGAGACGUGCGAAGAGGGGAACGCAAUGCAGGUUAUCACCCACGUGGAGGUGACGCCGUCGAGCGGCAGCGACGCCGGUGUGACGGUUGGGGUGAUAGACACGUUGAGAGAGCGUGGGAUCGGUCCUUCGGAGCUGUGGUGCGACACUACGUAUGGUUCCGGACACAACGGAUGGGAGGCAGAGCGUAGGGGGACGGAGUUGGUGAGCCCUGUCGGGGGCCGGGCGCCAGGGGAGGCCGAUGAGGAUGAUGGGCUGGUCAGGCUGACGGCUGCUGACUUUGACAUCGACGUUACGGCAAGGAGGGCUGCGGUGUGUGCUGCGGGACAUGAGGCCGUGUCCGAGUACGAGGAUGAAGACGCUCCCGAGCGAGUGGAGAUGCACUUCGCCCGGGAGGUGUGUGAGCCCUGCUCGCUGCGUUCCCGGUGUCCUGUGAGGUGGCGUCGUCGCCCUGAGCUCGGGGGAGAGUGGUCGCCGAGAGGAGCCUACGUGCUGAGUGCGGACCUCGCCAGGGUGAACAUCGGACGUAGGCGGCGGGCCGAGUCGGAUGGACAAUGGCGUAAACGGUACGGGUUGCGUGCGGGGAUAGAGGGUACGAACUCGGAGUUGAAACGGCGCCAUGGUCUUGGCCGCCUACGGGUACGUGGAGGAGAGAGGGUCCGGCUCGCAGUCUACCUCAAGGCCCUGGCGUGUAACGUCAAGCGAAUGGUCCGGGCACGGUUGGACGAGAUGUUGGUCCCACCGGCUGCCCUGGCCACCGCUCCCCCCGCUGCAUGA